AGUGGGGUGACUUUCACGUAAUAAGUCUACGCGUCUACUUCAUUUGAGCGGAUGACCACCAGAUGGCUAGGAAGCAGGACAACCACUAUGGUACCUCUAUCUAAUCCAUAACGUCGUCGUCAUGACAACCAUGAUUACGCUUGCCAAACUAAAAUGGCCGCCAACACAUACGAGUUGCGUUUGGCACCUGAUAAAAAGUUUUCAGCCCAAGCGGCCCGAGAGUGUUUGAAAGAUGCCUUGAUGACCGAGUUCGACGACAAAAUUUACGACUCCAGUCAGGUAGCACAGUGGACGAAAGAAACCUCGCAAAGAAUAUGCGAAAGACUACAAGAAUUGGGUUUCGAAAGAUAUAAGUACGUGGUGCAAGUAGUCAUCAGCGAACAACGCGGUGAAGGAGCAAGGAUGGCUUGCCGCUGCCUUUGGGAUUCCGACACUGACGUCUGUGUUUCGGAGUUCUAUAAUGGAGUCCCACUUGACAUGCAUCAAGCCGCAGCAGGAUGGAGUGGUGCAGUAUUGGGAAACUGGUAUAAAUGCUCAUGUGCUACCAAGCUCAGAGCUAGCUUUACUUUCCAACAUCUGUCGUGCCUUCACUGGAGACAACCAAGAUGCUAUUGAGAAUAUUCUUUAGCCUCCAUCACCUGAAUUAUUGUACUGCCCAACUGCCACGCUCUCCAAGGAGAGCAGCAGUAUUGAAAAUAAAAUAAAAUAAAAUAAACACCUGUUUGGGAAUCCUACGUCGUGCUGGCAAAGCGCCAUACUACUUUCAAUAAAUGUUCAUUGAUUCAUUCAUCACCCCUCACAAGCCUCUUUCUUUUUCCCCCUUCCUUCAGCACAGAGCAGCAGACUAAGGAAGUCAUCCUCAGACUGACCACUCUGCCUUCUCUGAAACAACGUUCUGUUUCUCUU